CCACGGCCGUUCGCACUCUCGGCUAUGGCGGAGGCCUCAAUCGGGAGGCAGAGUCCAAGAGUCGUGUCUUAUCCUGCGCGAAACUUAUGUCCAGGGAGACCCAGCCUUCAUACCACGGCAGUGGUGUCUAUGGGCUCAGCUGACCACCGCUUCAACCUGGCUGAGAUCCUGUCCCAGAACUACGGGGUGCGGGAAGAGACCGAGGAGGAGGAGGAAGAGGAAGAGCAAGACCACGCACAGGGGAAAGCAAAGCCUUUGGAGGAGCUUGAGAAGAGUUUCAAUGCCUCGCAGAACAGUGAAAUGCCGUUUGAGGAACUGCUGGCCCUCUAUGGCUAUGAGGCCUCUGACCCCAUCUCUGAGCAGGAGAGCGAGAGCAACGACGCCUCACCCAACCUUCCAGACAUGACCCUGGAUAAGGAACAGAUAGCAAAGGAUCUGCUUUCUGGGGAAGAGGAAGAAGAGACGCAGUCUUCGGCUGAUGACCUAACGCCUUCGGUCACCUCUCAUGAUGCUUCGGACCUUUUCCCCAACCAGACGGGUUCAGCAAAUUUCCUCGCUGACGAAGACAAAGGCCCUUGCUCUUCCCCCUGCGCGUCCUUCUCAGCCGAGGAUUCUGAAGAAGACUCCAUCCCCGCAAACGACUGCAAGAAGGAGAUCAUGGUUGGUCCUCAAUACCAGGCAGCUGUACCCCUCUUGCACUUGAACAGGCAUGGGGAAAAAGUCUACGAAAACGAUGACCAGCUACUAUGGGACCCAAACAUCCUCCCCGAGAGGGAAGUGGAAGAUUUCCUUUACCGAGCCAUUAAGAGGAGGUGGGACGAGAUCUCCAAUGCCAGCCUCCCGGAAGGCGAGAUGGUGAAGGAUAAUGAGCAAGCGCUGUAUGAACUGGUGAAGUGCAACUUCAACGCGGAAGAGGCCUUGCGGCGACUCAGGUUCAACGUGAAAGUCAUCCAAGAUGAACUCUGCGCCUGGAGCGAAGAGGAGUGCAGGAACUUUGAACACGGGUUUCGGGUCCACGGAAAAAACUUCCAUCUUAUUCAAGCGAACAAGGUCCGCACCCGGUCGGUGGGCGAGUGCGUGGAAUACUAUUACAUGUGGAAGAAGUCGGAGCGCUACGACUACUUCACUCAGCAGACACGUUUUGGAAGAAAGAAGUAUGUCCUCCAACCUGGAGCCACGGAUUACGUGGAUAAUUUUUUAGACGGCAGCGAAGUAGAAAACGCCAGUCGUUCACGCGGUUCUCCACCCAUCCCCUCGGCCACUGGUUGUCUCGACUCUCGUUUCAACCCAGAUCACCUGACGAUGGAAAGCACAGAGCCCUUAAGCAUAGAGAGUGCAGCUUGCAGCUUGGGGAGCACAAGCGAGUCGGGCCACGGCUAUGAGUGCAGCACGCCUUCAGAAACAAACUGUUCCUUCGACCCUGCCGAGGAGGUGCCCGUGGGCAGCCGUGGGCCUGCUUACCUGCAGCAUCCGCCGAACCCUCCUGAAGCUGGGUUCUACCAGGUGGCCGCAACUGGCAAGCAGGAGCCGCUGCGAUGCUCCGGGGGGGCCAUCGCUGUGGACUUCACCCUCCCCGGGACCGUCACGGAGGGAAUUCCUUUAAUUUCCAGCCACGUGGGACUGGACAGAGAUCCAGAGACGUUGGUGGCCCCUCCUCAAGUGUCCUUAUCGGUUCCGGAUUUCAGCAUCCUUGGCAUUGGAGAUGUAAAUAGCUUCCUGGCCGCUCAGCAGGCCUGCCCAGCACCAAUGCCCCAGUCGGACUCCUUGUCCCAGUGACAGCCUCCGUUUAGGGAUCUGCCGCAGACCAAAAGCUGGCAAGACUGGAUGGAGUUCUCCUUCUGAGGAGGGCACGGAGACAGGUUGGAGCAGUCGGCCUGUUGUCAUCUUUCCGCACCCCCCCCCCGAGGCCGCGAGGACCGGUCAAAAGAGUCGCUCGGUCCUUGCCUUUCCAAAUCACGGGGGGGGAGGGGGUGUCCGCUGCUCUUCCUGCCCUGCCCUUGAUGUCCCAAUGUUUCCCCAGCGAAACCAAACGCCUCCGUCGUUAACUCUUGUGCAGCUUCUCAAGGAAAAAGAAAGCUGAUGGAGGGGGAACCUGUGACCCCCAUGGGGCCAUCGUAGAUGGGGAGGAGGCCAAAGCCAUGCAUGGGCAGAUGGAGUCUUUCCCCAUCCCCAGUUACCCGAUCCGCCCAACCCUUGGGUAAAAAGCUGAGUAUCCUGAUUUGGCAGCCAGGGCUGCUCUGGCACGAUGAGGGAGAAGAGCGAGAGAGGGAUACCGUGAGCACUUUUAUGGGAGGAGCUGGAUUGGAGUGGGUGAUGGGUGGAAAGUUUUCAUGCAUGGCGGGAAUGGACAUGAAAUGCAGCUGGUCAUCGAGAUAUGGGGUGAGCUGGGCAGGGGGCACCCGUGUCUUUUAAUUGCAGCGGUAGAAAUUGGUACCCUCCUUUUUAGUUUGGCUUUUCUGUACAACUUUGGAAGGGGUGUUACUGUUUGCCAACCCUUGCAGUUGCAACCUGUGUUGCUGUGCGAUGGGCAGAAACAUCAUUCUGCUUCGGGUUUUCUCCCUCCACCUCCCCAAAUUAACCCAGGUUGGUUUGAGGCUUCCUUGUAAUGGAACUGCACCUUCCAGACAGAGAGAGAAAGAGUGAGGCCACUACUUGUGCAGCAAAACAGCAGUCCACGCACCGCAGCACUCCAAGGCGACACUGAGUUUCUUGUACGGGGAGAGGAGGUUGAGAGAGGAGGCAACUAGUAGGGGGAAGGAUGGCUUAAAGGGUGGGUGAAGAGGGGGGAAACAAAGGCUCUGCAGCCCCUUUGCCAAAACUGCAUAGCUCUCAGAGGGAGCUUUCCAUUCCGAGCACUCCAGAGGUAAACAGCCUUACAGGAAGGGUUGGCAUUUCAUCUUUUAGGAGCCACCCUGCCCAACUUACAGCAGCCUGACAUCCAUACAUCUCUGGGCAUUCGGCAACUCCCCUCCGUGCCCCCCCCCGACAAGGCACACCUUUUGUGUGUGGGACGGGAGGGCAGACUUCAAAGUCAGCGAACGAAUGUGCCUAACUUUAGAGCAGAAGAGAGACCAUCUGAUGGCAGCAGGUGCAGAGCUGCUGUUCCAGAGUGCCAAACUAGUACUAAGGGUGGCAUGAGUGUGUGUGCUAUGUGUGACAGAGAGACGGCAUGCACGAAACGUGGGCGUCCGCAUCCGUCUCUUGGCUGGUUCGGCCAUCCUGCAAUAUUACAAGAUUGGCAGGGGGGCGCUCGAUGCCAUCUACCCUCUUUCUCUAUUUUGUGUUCUUCAUCUCUCUUGCACUUGGGCCACAGGAGAAGGUUUUCGCUCUUGCUGGUAAUCCCCUUUUCGUCUUUUUCUUUCGUAAAUCAUGAACUCUGAGGGGGUCGCAGCCUUCAUUCCGUCAACCUAAUUCCACCCCACUCACCCUCUUUUCUGGCUCCUGCAUCCAACACACACACACACUUCUUGAUGGUGUUGUUGGAUCCUUCUUUGGAAUCGGGGGAGCAGAAUGGAACGGUGGUACCCCCUCUUCCCCUCCUUUCUCCUGGGUUCACCUCCGCACAGAUCUUUGCCAUUCCUCUGUCUUGUUUCUGCUUCCCACAAAGGAUGUUUUGGUGGCUAUGGAAGAUUCACAGGCAGGUUUUAAUUGUCACUUCAUUGUUCCUCUGUUGAAACAGGCGCCAGCGAUGUUGGUUAGCUAAUGUGUCCUGCCGCGCAGCUCAUGCCCUCUGUGCAAAAGGCAAGGGAGGAUUCUCGCACAAGCAUCGCGCUAACUGGGCAUAGGGAACUCAGAACAAAAUGGGCUGUCUUCGCUGUGUUGCAUCCAAAUGCUUUUGGGUUUACACUGGUUUAUGGGGAGCAGGGGAAUCCACUUUGGAUGUAUUUACCCUAGCCUAGCAGUCUCUGUUAAAGGGAAGCAAAAUUCAGCCCACUUUGGCAAGCCACCUGUUCAGAAUGUCCUCCUUUCCCCACUAAAAGUGAUUUCUCUGAAGGGACACUUUUUAAUGGCCCGGUUGCAUUAUUUGUUUCCUUUUAAACAAUGCUAUUUCAUCUCUCCACUCUCCAACCCCCAUUUUCAUAUUUUAAUAUGUCUUAUUUAUAUAUGUAUGUUCCCCCCCCCCCCAAGUUUGUUUACAAGUUGCAGGGGCAGCAGUCUAUGAUCUUUUUAAAAAAUGCCGGGAUAAGGUGUCUGUGUGUGUGAGGAGGGGGUUUCCCACAAAAGAGAGAGAGGGGUACCUUUUUUCCCCCUGCUCCCCCCUCGCCACUUUUCUGCCUCUAGGAGAGGGAUUUUGUUAUGAAGCGCUGCCUUCCUCCUAAUUCCAAUAUCACACACACACUUAUCUACUGCUGCAAAGCGGGGGGGGUGUCUCCACUGUGAAGUGAUACUGCCUUGAAUAUUCUUUAUUUAUUUAAUUAUAAAGCCUAUGU